ACCUUAUUAUACCUAUUCUAACUUAUAAUAAAUAAAACCUAAAACCUAAUUUUAAUAAACCUAAUAAAUAAACAUACUUUAAUUAAGUGAUCUAGUUCUAUUACGAUAAGUGAUAAUAAAAGUGUAGGUUCUAAAGUACGUUCUCACCGACAAACCGUUUCCAAUUAUAAGUAGCGAAUAGUUUCGUCCACUCGCGACGUCACCCUUUGUUCACCUUAGAUCUAGCGAUAAGCGACCGGCCGACUACGGGAGGGGCGCAUUGAUUUGCACGGCGAUCAGUCUCUGCUCACCGCUCUGGCAACUAGCCGCUCAUAAUAAAUAUCAUACGUACCUUGUCUGCGAGUACCUAACUCGUCAAAUCUAGACGUUAAUAUUUUUUAUAAUUCCUCAAAUAAGUGUUUAUACGUUGUUCCCAUCUGGGAACAACUACCGGACCGAUUAAAUCGGCCAAUCUAGUUCCGGACCACGGAAGACUCACCCUGGGCGACUGUCCCGGGCUUCCCCUCCCGCUACCUGAGUAGCUGACCUCGUCGGAUCCCUCGACCCCGACGUGGACCUGGACCUGGAGCUGCACCUGGACCUGGACCUGGACCUGCACUUCGACAGGAAGCCAAGGAGAGUGCGGUAUUUCUGGACCGAACCAGUGCGCGUGUGACACCAUUGACCUUGGCCUAACCGACGACCUAUCUACCUACUUAUUUAAAAUAAAUCUUUUUAAACUAAAUUAUGUUCGUCCUUUUAUUUCCUCACCUGUAGGAUUUAUUUAGGCGACAAUGGCGCCCAUAGACGUGGUUUUAAGGUCAAGAGGGUCAUACCGUACUGCGUAGGUAUACUCUUAGUUAUUCAUGGUGUUGGAUUUCAUUGGUGUGCUGUUAUUUUAUUUUGUUGUUUCUCAACUAGUGUACCCCUACGAAAACCCUAGUUUCAUUUCCUUGGUUUAAUCGUUUUUACGCCGUUUUUUUAAAGUACCACAAAAUUUACUUUUAUUAUGGUAUGUUUGUUUCGGCACACUAGUUGAGAUAUAUGUUGUUUCGCCUGUCUUUGCCUGUCCAUUAUAUUUUUUUGUGAUUUUUCCUUUUUUAUUUUUUUUCCUUAUUGCACUAUUACUACACUCGUCGUGGUGUACAAUUAUUGUUAUUUUUUUUUCUAAAAAAAAAUUACAAUAAUAGCUGGUUUUUGUACAUAUACUUUUAAGUUUUUUUUUUUUCUUCUUUAUAUUGUGUAUUUUAUAGGUACAUAUUUUGUAGAGCGGUUUGUACCGUAAUUUUUUUCCGGCUGUUUUCUGUUUUUUUUUGGGUGUUCUGUUUGUUUUCUUUUUGUGUUUUGAUUGUGUUCUCUUAUAUAUACUUUUUUGUUCUCCUUUUUAUAUUGUGUAUUAUAAAUAUUUGUUCAUUGGUUUUGCACAACAUACCUAGUUACUGCUUAUAAAAAUUUUUUCUUGCGCUAGAACUAAAAGGUCCCUACUGGAUAAUAUGGCUUAUCCUAUAAAAUUUUUACUCUUACAAAAGUCGGAAUUAAUGUAUGAGGUUGCUAUACGUGGUGAAGAUCCAUCCGAUAAAGUAGAGAGUUUACGCAAACAAGUUACCAAAUUAACUCAAUUAUAUCCACCUGAUGAUAUUCUUGAUUCGGUUUAUAGUUUUGAGGAUGACGUUAAGGGUUUACAAGAAACUCUUGCUAAAAUAAAAACGAAUAUCGAGUCCUUGAACAUAAAUUAUGUUGAAUCGCUACUCAAUAGAACUAGAUCACUAUUAAAUCACGUGUUUUAUAGAUUACAGCGAAUAGAGAAACCGAACUUAUCUGAACAAAAGAAUAUAAUAAGUAGUGUUCUUAAAACCUACGAGAAAUGUUUUUCUGCCUUCUCACUUUUAUCACAGAAAACUGUUAGUGAGCCAAACACUAUGCAAGACACUGCCGCGUCAAAUGAGGAUAUAGUUGCUAGUAAACUUGAUCAAUCUGAUCUUAAAAUCUCCGUGACUUGUGAUCGUGGAGUUUCUAAUGACCUCAAACAAUUGAAAUAUGAUGGAAAAACCUGUGUCCGUUCUUUCAUUCAAAGACUCGAAGAGUUCCGUGAGUCGAAAAACAUCUCGGAGUCAAAAAUGCUAGCCUCUGCGGUUGAUAUUUUAACUGGCGAUGCAUUACACUGGUAUCGUAGUGUCAAAAGUAAAAUACAUGACUGGAACACUCUAGUUUCACGUCUCAAAGCUGAUUUUGAUAUACUAGACUAUGAUUAUCGUAUGUCUUCUGAAAUACGGGAUCGAACCCAAGGGGAUGGUGAAUCUAUCACUAUCUAUUUAUCAAUAAUGGAAGGCAUGUUUUCGCGUCUUAGCAAUCCCUUGAGCGAUGAAGAUAAAUUAGAAAUAAUUUUACACAACAUUCGUCCAUGUUACUCGACAAUAAUUGCUGCGAGCCCUUCUUUAAAGUCUGUGGAUGACUUAAGGGUUAUUUGUCGGAAUUAUGAACAUAUUAAGGUUCGCUCCGAUAAUUAUAGGGAACCACCUUCUGUGAGCUCUAAAACGUUAGCGCCUGAGUUUGCCUAUCAGUCUCAACAUAAAAAAUACAAUAAUACACAGAGCAAACAAUAUUUUAACAAAUCUAAGCCUUUCCAAUCUUUUAAACCUGAAUCUAGUCCGGUUUUCGAGGUUCAAGCCGCUGAAACUGCUGCGGUGUCUAAACCUGAGAAGUAUUGCCAGCGUUGUCGCGUCAACACUCACUCAAUGAAGGAAUGUACGGCAGAACGUACAAUCUUCUGCUUCAAAUGUGGUAUGAAGGACGUACGUCUACCUGAAUGCCCUAAAUGCAACGGGUCAAAAAACUAAAUAAUGAAAAUUGUGGAGAACCAGCAGCUAUUUAUUUUGAUAUCUCGGAAUGGAAUAAAUGGCUGUUGACCAUUAAGAGUUUCUUUACAACUCAUUCUAUUUCCCCAAUUUUCAAUUCAAAACCGAGUGAAGACCCACGUCCCUAUGUCAAAAUACGAAUCAACAAUACUGAUGAUCUUGAUAUGUACGGUUUGCUUGAUUCUGGCU